AUGAAGCUGGUUGUAGAAAUUAUCGAUGCUCGGGACCUUAUCCCCCGAGACGGCGAAGGAUCAACCAGUCCAUAUGUAGAGGUCGAAUUCGACAACCAACUUAUCCGAACCAAAACCAUCCCGAAAAACCUCAACCCCAUUUGGGACCAAAAGCUUCUCUUCAACUACAACCCUGCAACAAACUACCAUCACCACUUCAUCGAAGUUUCGGUCUACAACGAAAGAAGGCCUAUCCCGGGAAGAAAUUUUCUCGGACGGGCGAGGAUUCCAUGCGCGAACGUAGUCAAGAAAGGCGAAGAACUCUACCAGUGUAUCCCACUAGAAAAGAAGUCGUUUUUCUCGGUUGUGAGAGGAGAAAUUGGCCUGAAAAUAUACAUUUCAUCACAUUCUAGUGAUCCUCCAUCGAUCAUUCCCGACAAAACUAGUAGUCGUGUUGCUGAUGACUCCAUUGCAUUGAUAGAGAAUAAAGGCAGAUCAAUCGAAAUAUCUUGUAGUGAUCAUACAGAAAAGGUACCUGAAAACAGAUCAGAAUCAACUCUUCAGUUUCAGAAGCAUCAAGUUAUGCAGCAGCAAGCUCGUCCCGUGUUGAGGAAAAGAUCCGGCGGGAUAAUCCAGCCGCAGGCUAAUCCGCAAGAUCGUCGCAGCUACGACGACGAUGAUUUUGAGGUGAAAGAAGCGAAUCCGCAGUGGCUAGACGAAGGCAGGGGAUGGAUGAGAGGCGAAAGAGCCGUAGCUCCAUUAGACCUCGUCGAGCAGACGUUCUAUCUCUAUGUUCGGGUCGUCAAAGCCAAAGAUCUUCCAUCGAGCUCCGUCACCGGCGGAUGCGAUCCUUACGUUGAAGUGAAGCUCGGAAACUAUAAAGGAAGGACGAGACACGUCGAGAGAAGAACGAGCCCCGAGUGGAACCAAGUCUUCUCCUUUUCGAAAGAACGUAUUCAGUCGUCAAUUCUAGAAGUCUUCGUCAAGGAGAAAGAAACGGCGGGAAGAGAUGAAUACCUCGGCAGAGUCGUCUUUGAUUUAAACGAGAUUCCCACGAGGAUCCCGCCGGAUAGUCCCAUGGCACCGCAGUGGUAUAGGCUCGAAGAUCGCCGCAGCGAAGGUAAGUUGAGGGGAGAAAUCAUGGUUUCUGUCUGGAUGGGAACUCAAGCCGACGAAGCGUUUACGGAUGCGUGGCACGCCGACGCAGCUUCCGUUUACGGCGACGGCGUUCUCAGCAUACGUUCGAAGGUCUAUGUCUCGCCAAAGCUGUGGUAUCUUCGAGUAAACGUGAUCGAAGCUCAGGAUGUCGUUCCGAAUGACAGGCAUCGAUUACCCGAAGUUUUCGUUAAAGCUCAGUUAGGCCAGCAGAUCCUUAGAACACCGAUAUCAACAACCCCAACAGCAAAUCCUCUGUGGAACGAAGAUCUGAUCUUUGUAGCAGCAGAGCCGUUCGAAGAAAAUAUUGUUCUCACUGUGGAGGAUCAAGUGCACCCUUCGAAAGACGACGUUCUCGGGAGACUAGCUUUACCGUUAACUGCUAUCGACAAACGCCUCGAUCACCGGCCGGUGCAGUCGAGGUGGUUCAGCCUCGACAAGUUCGGAUUCGGAGAUAAUAAGUUUUCGAGCAGAAUACAUCUUCGAAUCUGCCUCGAAGGCGGAUACCAUGUCCUCGAUGAAUCGACGAUGUAUAUCAGUGAUCAACGCCCGACUGCCAAACAACUUUGGAAGCCUCCGGUGGGAAUUCUAGAAAUCGGAAUACUAGGUGCACAAGGACUUUUACCGAUGAAGAUGAAGGAUGGUCGAGGAAGUACCGACGCCUACUGCGUGGCCAAAUACGGGCAGAAAUGGGUGCGAACGCGGACAAUUCUCGACAACUUCAAUCCCCGAUGGAACGAGCAGUACACGUGGGAAGUUUACGAUCCAUGCACGGUAAUAACGCUCGGUGUAUUCGACAAUUGCCACUUAGGCAACGAAAAGUCCGGCGCCGGUAGAGACUCGCGGAUAGGGAAAGUUCGUAUACGUCUCUCGACGUUAGAAGCUCAUCGAGUGUACACAAAUUCGCACCCGCUCCUCGUUCUGCAUCCGACCGGGCUAAAGAAAAUGGGAGAAAUCCGAAUCGCUGUAAGAUUCACGACGCUGUCGUUAGCGCAGACAAUAAGCGUCUAUGCGCAACCGUUGCUCCCGAAAAUGCACUACUAUCAUCCCUUCACCGUUAACCAGCUCGACGCUCUGAGAUACCAGGCGAUGAACAUCGUCGCAGCGCGGCUCGGGAGGGCAGAGCCGCCGCUGAGAAAGGAGGUCGUCGAGUGGAUGCUAGACGUCGAUUCGCACAUGUGGAGCAUGAGGAGGAGCAAAGCGAAUUUCUUCCGGGUCAUGUCGCUCGUCUCGUCAUUAAUCUCCAUCGACCGGUGGUUUCGCAACGUCUGCGAGUGGAAGAAUCCAAUCACGUCGGUAUUAGUCCAUGUCCUGUUCUUGAUACUCGUUUGGUACCCGGAGUUGAUCCUCCCCACGAUGUUCCUCUACGCGUUCCUCGUCGGGCUGUGGAACUACCGGCUCCGGCCGAGGCAUCCGCCUCGCAUGGACACGAAGCUUUCGUGGGCAGAAGCGGCGAAUCCCGACGAGCUCGACGAGGAAUUCGACACGUUUCCGACCUCGAAACAGCAGGACAUUGUGAGGAUGAGGUACGAUAGGCUGAGAAGCGUGGCUGGGAGAAUUCAGACGGUAGUCGGCGAUGUCGCGACGCAAGGGGAGAGAUUGCAUUCGGUACUUAGCUGGAGAGACCCGCGAGCGACGAGCUUGUUCGUCGUUUUCUGCUUGUGUGCUGCGGUUACGCUCUACGCGACUCCUGUCCGAGUCGUGAUUCUUGCGUCGGGGUUGUAUGUGCUUCGGCAUCCGAAAUUCCGGAGCAAGUUGCCAUCGGCUCCCGGCAACUUCUUCAAGAGAUUGCCUGCAAAAACGGAUAGUAUGCUGUGAAUUGUGCGGAUAAAUAAUUAAUGGCUACGUUUUUCUAAUUGUUCAAGCGUUUAGAUGAUUGUUCGAGCGUUUAGAUGAGACGAUCGUUCUAUAUCCAAUCUAAUUUGGUAAGUAAGUUUACAUUUGUUUGGUUUUCUUGUGUUCAUCCUAUGGCUAUGGAAAAUCUUGAUGGAUGUAAUGUAGACAUAUGUAUACAAUAGUGAGGA